CUGUUGGAUUUCUUGUUACUAUCUAGCAUUUGGGACCCUGCAAGCAACUUAGAUCAAGUGGUUUCUGGAUGAGAAGCAUAUUCAAGACGAUAUUUCCUAAUUAAUCUCUCUUCGUGAAGAAUAAAAUUCAGAAAGACUGUUCAAGAAUUGUCCACCAGGCAACAGACUGCCCCACACGACUUUUUCCUGUGGUAAAUUCUGUUUCUUUACACCAAAGGAUCAUUUUUAUUCCAUGCAGACCUGAGACCGUGGAAUGCUUUAUUAUGGCUGCAGCGGUACAGCAGAAUGAUCUGAUGUUUGAAUUUGCAAGUAAUGUCAUGGAGGAUGAGCAACAGCUGGGUGAUCCAUCUAUAUUUCCUGCUGUCAUUGUGGAACAUGUACCUAGUGCUGAUCUCCUGAACAAUUAUUCUGGAUUAUCAUGUGUUGCUGAACCCAGUGACAUGAUAACAGAGAAUUCACUGGAUGUUGCAGAAGAGGAAAUUAUAGAAGAUGAUGACAUCACCCUUACAGUUGAAGCAUCCUGCCAUAAUGGAGAUGAAACAAUGCAAACCAUUGAAGCUGCUGAGGCCCUUCUCAAUAUGGAUUCUCCUGGUCCAAUGCUUGAUGAGAAAAGAUCAACACAUGUGUUUGGAGUAGAGGAUGAUGUUGACAUUGGCCCUAUUACGCAUGUGUCAGUCACAGUGGAUGGGAUCCCAGAAGUAGUUGAGGUACACCAAAUCCAAGAUGCAUUUGCUGAAUCACCAAGCACUCUAGCACUUGAGCAACCAAAGAAGAGAAAAGGGAAGAAACCCAAAGCUCCACGAUCAGAGUCACCUACUCUGACUCCAAACAUAUCAGUGAAAAAGAAAAAUAAAGAUGGGAAGGGAAAUACAAUUUAUCUCUGGGAGUUCUUACUAGCACUGCUUCAGGACAAGGCUACUUGUCCUAAAUACAUUAAAUGGACUCAAAGAGAAAAGGGCAUUUUUAAGCUAGUAGAUUCCAAGGCUGUGUCAAGGUUGUGGGGAAAGCACAAAAACAAACCCGAUAUGAAUUACGAAACAAUGGGCAGAGCCCUCAGAUACUAUUACCAAAGAGGAAUUCUGGCCAAAGUAGAGGGGCAACGUUUGGUAUAUCAGUUUAAAGAAAUGCCAAAAGACCUCAUCUACAUAGAUGAUGACGAUGAUCCAAGUUCAAGUACAGACUCCCCUGAUUCACCUUUACUCUCAACACCUAUGGCUAAUAGAAACCAGGUGGGCCGGUCCAAAGCAUCUUCAAACACAGGGCCAAGAGGAGGAUCUGCUGCUGUUUUAAAGAUGCCAGUUAACUCCAAGUCUACCCAACUUCAGCAGCCUAUGGAAACUCUACAACAGCAACCGCCUACUGUGGCAUCAGAAAUUUUGAGGACGAUGCAGUCAGCUCAUCCAGUACAUCCAACUCAACUUUAUCGGACAGUUCAUUUAAUGCAACCAGUGCAAUCCAUCCCAGAAGGACACACAGCAGUAACCAGUAACAUGCUGGAGGAGACAUUGAAUCCUUCUGUUCAAAACGUAAGGACCAUUCAAGCUCCUGGCCAAGUUCCAGUAGUUGUAUCACCUGGGAACCAACAGCUGCAUACUGUAACACUCCAAACAGUGCCUCUAACAACAGUGAUAGCCAGUGCAGAUCCAACAUCUGCAUCAACACCCCAAAAGUUUAUUCUGCAAGCCAUCCCAACUUCACAGCCCAUGACUAUGCUUAAGGAGAACGUUAUGUUGCAGUCUCCAAAGCCAGUCUCACCUUCUUCAUCCAUUGUCUUCAGUCCUGCUCAGGUCCACCAAGUUCUCACCAGCAAUGUGCAGACAAUUUGCAAUGGAACAGUCAACAUGGCUUCUUCUCCAUCUUUCAGCACUGCUACCCCUGUGGUAACAUUUACAACCAGCAAUUCACAAGUGGUUGCUCAACCAUCCAACACAGUGAUCACUUCAGUUAUUAAAGUACCAGAAACUAAACCAACUGUUAUACAAGGUGUGAUAAAAUCGGAAGCAGAGGAGAGCACAGCAGAAGAAUGCAAGGACUUAGAGCAAAGUUUCCAGCAGCAGCCUUUUGUGGUGAUGGUAUCCAGUUCAAAUGGAUUUCCCUCAGCUGUGCAUAUUAAACAAGAAAGUGAACAGUUGGAGACAACACCAUAUGAGUAAAUCAAUAACUCUGUGGACAGUGAUUUUCUUAAUGUGAUGGGACUUCAUCAGCUGUAUAUGUAUAAUUUGAUUCCAAAGCAGGCAUUACAAAGUUAUUUUAAUUUCUGAAAUUAAUCUUUAUGAAUAAUACUAUAAACUUGAUUUCAUUUUUGUGACUUGCUAAAUGAUAUAAAAUAUUAAUGUUUCAAAAUGCAAGCAUGAAGGACCAUGCCGUUUAACUUUUAUAGAUCGCUCUCCAAAAUUCUAAAUUUCUUACACUUCAUGCAUUAUUUGUCUAUAUUGCAUAAUAAUGUAAUCAGUGCUAUAAUCCAUGCUUUAAAACAAUAGUUUUUUUCUACAAUGGUGGGUUAUUUUUUCAUUCCACGUAUAUGAUUCUUCUAGCAAAUUCCAAAGAUCUAUUUUAUGCCAGUGGCCUGGAUGAUUUUUGUUUUUACAUGGACAGUAAACAAGUGAACAGUAUGAAUUUAAUUUGUUUCUAUUGUAUUUUGUCCCAAAAAUUAUCCAUUGUGCAAAAAGGAAGAGAUCCACCUCCUUUAUCAAGAAGCUAUUUACCAUUUAUAUCCUUUACUAGAUAUUUUCUGUUUUCAUAAUGUGGAUAUAUUGGAUAUACCUGUUCACCAAAAUUGAAGCUGUCACUACAGGUGCAAUUAUUUUCAGAUCACUUUAACAUUAAAAAAUGUGCAUUUUAUUUCCCAUUAUUGUGUAACAAGGUGAAAAAGAAGUAUAUGGGACUUUGUAAGUAUUUUGAGAUUUAAAUGUUUCUAUAAAAGUACUUUUUCUAUUGUAAAUAUGUAAUUUAAUUUCUCAAAGAUGUUUUUCAUUAAAAAUUGUUUCUAUAGAGCAAUAUUUUAUAGAUACAAAUAAGAUCAUUAUGUUUAGAGAUCUAAUGUUAUAUGUAUUCAUAUAUUACAGAGUGAAUUUGUAUUUAAAAACAAAAUUUUAAAUUGUGGGACCCUUUUGAACUUUUUGUAUUUUUAAUUGGUUUAUUAUGAAAAUAAAUCAAGGACAACAUCUUUA